CGCCCUCACCGUUCGACCCAGCAGUAUCAGUCUCCCUCACCUCAUAGCUGGCAAGCCGAUGUGGUGUACAAGUUGCCAGCUAUCGCCUUCAGUAACAUAACAUCGUCUGAUCCAACAACUCAAGGCCGACAUUGGAAGGCCUGCGCCACCUGAUUUCCAUCAUGAGCGCCAAUGCCCGCGACCUUGAGGAUCUAGUGGAGGAAUGCCCCACCAACUUGAGUGAAGCAGGUCAGGCAUUAGUGUGUCAAGGAUGUCCUGGGAAGGAGCUAUGCUUGUCUCAAGGCAGCCAGCCAGAUCCAGAACAGCAGGUGAUUGACACCAGGCUGGGUGCCAUCAGACACAAGGUGCUGGUCCUGUCUGGCAAGGGAGGUGUAGGAAAGUCCACCAUGGCUGUAUUAUUGGCACAAAUGCUAGCAGGGGAGGGCCAGCGUGUGGGUCUUCUGGAUGUGGAUGUGUGUGGGCCCAGCAUCCCUCACCUGCUAGGAGUGGAAGAUCAGCCUGUCUUGGACUCACAGUGGGGAUGGCAGCCUGUGGUGUCACCUCUUGGAAAGAUUAAGACCCUAUCAGUGGGAUCCCUGCUGAGCUCCCAGUCCCAGGCCGUGGUGUGGAAGGGUCCUCGCAAGACAGCACUUAUAAGGCGCAUGAUUAAGGACACUCUAUGGGGCCGCCUGGACACGCUGGUGGUAGAUACUCCCCCAGGAACUAGUGAUGAGCACCUCACUAUUGUCCGUCUGCUGGCAACGACUCGGCCUAGUGGUGCUUUGAUACUCACUUCCCCACAGCAGCUAGCAGCAGGUGUGGUGAGCAGGGAGAUUAGAUUCUGUCAGAAGAUGAACAUUCCUGUUCUGGGGAUCAUUGAGAAUAUGUCAGGCUUCUGUUGUCCCUGUUGUUUGGAAGUAAGUGAGGUGUUUCCUGGUGGGGCAGGAGCACACUUGGCAGAAAAGUAUGGAGUGUCCUUGCUUGGUGCUGUGCCCCUGGAUUUGGGUGUGGCUGAGGCAGGGGUGAAUUGUGGAUGGAGAGACUCUCCUGUGGCUCAGGCAGUUGGGGAUGUAGUGGCCAAGAUCAAAGAAAAGUUAUAGUUUCAAGCAAUUCACCAUGAGGAGUGGCCAUCCAAGUACAAAGGUACUUAUUUUUUAGGAAACUUCAUACAUGAAUUAAUCCUCCCACUUGUAGUGUGAUACUUCUCAGUAAUGUGUAGUUUUGUCUUCUUAGUUUAGUUUAAUGAUGUUUAUAUAUGAAUUUUAGAUUUUUAUUGGCUAUACCCACAUACAUAUCUACAUCUGACAUUUGUUCCCUAAAAACUUUUCAUACAAUAAAUGGCCACAUGAGAAGUUUCCACACAUUUUGGUCUGUAUUCCCUCUCUCGCCCUUUAUUCUCCCAUUUCAUUGAAGGUUACCCAUCAUUUCGCACUCUGCAUCCAUUGUAUCCAUAUAUGAUACUCCCAAACUCAUCUCACUGUGUUAUUCAGUCAUUUGGCCAAACUUUAAUUUUCUUGAAUUGUUGUCUAUUACUUUUAGAACUGAUAACCACUUUGAAGGGUGUAUCUGAGGCAAGGCAUCAUGCUUCGUAAGAAUAAAGACUUAUUCCUUGCUUUGUCCCUUUAGUAAGAGAAAUAAUGUUAUCAUCUGUUGCAUUAACACAUUAGCUGCUCAUCAGAUCCAGGUGCCAUUGUUGUACAUCAACAUAAUACAUUACCACCAAGAAAAUGAAUAUUACAUAGUUUUUGUAGUCAGGAAAGGCCUCAAUACAUGAAAUAAAAAGAGCAGAUUUUUUGGAAAAACUAUCAGUAAUUUUGAGGAAAUAUGUCUAAGGACAUCUAUAAACAAAAUUAGUACAAACUUAUUAUUACAAAUUCUAUAUUCCUAACAUUAAAUGUACAUGUGCAAUUCAUAUUUAAAAUUAAUUAGAAUUAUAGAAGUGACAGCCAAAGGGAAGAGAGCCAUCUGUUUCGAUAGGGUUAGGAGUAAGGAGGUCAGAGACAUUUAGAAACUUGGCAAAAAUCCUGAAUUGGUUUGGUCAUGAAGAAAGUCAGUUUGCGCUACCCUAAGCAGACAAUAUUAGCUUCGAAACCUUCAGACUAGAAUAGGACAACGAAAGUUUUAGCAGUAGUGUAAAAUUGUAGGUAUCUGCUAUAUAUCACUUUGGUUUCUCAGCAUGGAGUACUGUAAGUGAAGGAAGGUUAGGACAGCUCAGUGUGCCUACUGGUGGGUUUACACACUAGGGGAUGUCAAGUUAUUGUGCCUUAAUUUUUUUUUUUUUUUUUUUUUUUACACAAGUUAUCAAAAUCGUUGUCAUUAAGUAGUUAGUAAUUCCUCUAGCCUCUCAAGGAGUAUAUAUAAAAAAAAAAGAUUGCAAACUAGCUUUUUAUUUUUUCCAUGAGAAAGGGGGAAGUCAGGUCACCAGGCAGGCAUGCAUGUGCAAAUUGACUCACUUUUCAUCUGGUCACUACAGUGGAAGUACACACUGACACUUCCUCAUCUUACUGUGUGUUGUACAGCCAGACCAAGGAAAAAGUCUCUCCAUCCAAUGACAUUCAAUAAAUGUCGAGCUUGGGGCGAUAACUGAAAUAAAAUGCUGUCUCAUCUUAUGUUUCUUCUCACCUCUCACCAUGUUAGAUUGGGUAUCUUGAGAGAACAUAAGAGUAAAUAUUAUAUAAAUUACCAGUCUCAUUUUCACUUUUAUAACCAGCACUUUUACUGUAUUUAAUUAACUUAUGACAUAAUCACCUGCAGAAAUCUUUGUCUUUUGUGUCCUCCUCCCUUUUUCUCAGCUAAAUCAUGCAUUAGAUUGAAUAGAGAAAUGUUAUUUCGUUUUCCUUAAUAAAGUAAUGAGGGAUAAGACACCGUGGCACGGAUUAUCAGCCUCACCCUGUGUGUCAGUA